AUGUCGUUCUCUGUCAGGAGUGGUUCUGCCCUCUACCUAACGGCAAUCGUGGCAUCCGACUGGUUGUUGCGGGCGUCGGCGGAGGAGUGGGACUCUCACGGCGAGGAGUGCCUGGUGGAAUUGCAGGAAAACGGCCGGCUUGACGAUAAGCGCGAGCUGGAGCUGCUCUACAAGAAGCGGGAGGCCUCGAUGACGGCGAUGUUGGAGCUCACGGGCAAGAAGCAGUGCCAGUUCUGCCACCUGUGUGGCCCUGACGAGAAGCGGAAGCGCCAGAAGGAGCGUUGGGAGCAGAAGCGGCGCCAGUGGAGGCAGUUCCGCAAGGCGGAGCGCAAGGAGCGCCAGACGAGGCGCCCGUUCUUCGCCCCGGGUCCGGACAACUUCGGGCUGCGAAGGGCCGCGGCCCCGCAGGCACGCGGAAUGAGAAAAGUUGACUGCCAGCAGGCGCACCCCGAGAGUUUCUCGGCGGCGAGCGAGGGGGGAAAGCGCCACGAGAAGCAGCGCCGGGGCUCGGCGAGGGCCCCGGGGGUAGAGAGCGACGAAGUUAACGUGCCGUUUUUGCUCAACGACCCGUGGAGGCAUGGGACCGCCUCCACCCUCCGGCCGCCAUCCUCCUGGGUGAGCCGCCGCAUGGCGCCGGUGUCCUUGCGCGUGGCUCUGGCCGUGUCCGGCGAGGAGCUCUGCCGGAUCGACACGGAGAGUUGCUGCAGCAUCGGGGAGGUCAAGGCGCACGCGGCCCGCGCCUCGGGCGUGCCGCGCGGAGAGCAGCGGCUGCUGCUGGGGGGCCGCGAGCUGCGCGAUGCCUGGCUGCUGGAGGACGUGUUGCCAACGAACUUGCCGAGCACCGUGGAGCUGUCCUUGGUGCGGGGUCAGUCCAGCAAGGUCAAUGUCCGCGACUUCUCGUGCAUGGGCGGCGUCAGCGGCAGCCGCUGGGACUUCCACCACGAGCGCCACUGCUUCAUCCCGACGAAUCUGGACAACGUCUUCGGUGACAUGGGUGGAUCUCGAGACAAGUCGCUCUAUGUCACGCUGCAGCAGGGAGCCACGCACGCCGCCACGUUCAGCUUGUGCUCGUUUAACUUUCCUCUGCGCGAGCUCUUCGACACGUUCGCAGAGCAGACGGGGACACCGAUUUCAGAGCUGUGUUUCUCGUUCCAAGGCCGCCGACUGAACCGGCAAGAUACGCCUCACUUGUGUGGCAUGAAGGCUUGUGAGCCCGACUCAGCGCACGUGAUACAGGUUACGCGCGCGGAUGGGUGGCGGCGACGCCAACGUCUGCUCAGCAUACUCAACAAAAUGGGAGCUGCUGUCCAGCUUACACCAGUGCCGGUGAUGACCGCGGCGCACCCGGCGUCACGCGUGAGCGCGGACACGGUACUCAGGGCGCUCCAGUUCUUACCCUUGGAAGACCUCGUAAGCACGACGUUGGCGAGCACCUUCUGGUUCCACGCCACGCAGCGUCUUUCCCUCCUUCUGCAGCUUCGACACGGGGACGUCGCUUUCACUACAGCCCCCCCAGAGGAGUACACCGCCUGGCUCACAGGAGUGUUUGGCCACAGCCAGUGGCUGGCCGCUGCUGAGGGGCUCCCUGCGGAGUUCGAGCGCGAAUGGCUGUCGCUGCAUUCGAGCAAGGUAAAGUUCAUGGCGGACUGCAAACUCGCGUGCGCCCAGCACCCCGACGCCGACGCAGGUCGCGCCUGCUCACACGCUCGCACGCUGCUCCAGCUCAAGGCCGAGCCCACCACGGAACCUGACGAGAGGCCGUCGCCGUGUGGUGACGGCCCCUUCAGCACCGAGGCCGUGGGGCCCGAGCAGCGGGCCGUGGCCGUGGAGAUCUUCCGUCGCUACUUCUCGCCGGACAUGUACUUCGUGUUUCCCUUGAUGGUGGGCGGGGAGGCCGCGCUGGGCCUCGACUUCCGCAGCACCCGCACCACCCUCUUCUUCGCCCCAGGCCGCCGGCGGCGAAGACGUACACAUCCUCGCGCGCACGCCGUCGCGGGGGCGUGCUCCUGGCGCUUCCACUGGCCCGCCCCCGUCGAGCCCGAGGCGGGGGCGGCGCUGAGCCUCGAGGAGCCGCUGCCGCUCCUGGAGGUGCUCUUCUCUGCGGCGAGAGGAGCGGGACCAGGUGCACGGAGGCUCCCUGGUGCAGGAGCUGGAGGAGAGUGCCCGGAAGGCGGGCGCGAAGAUGCUCUACGUGGAGAUCGGCUCCGAGCAGCCGAAGGCCCGGCGUUUCUGGAAGAAGCAGGGCUUCGGCAGGGCGGUCUGCAGGCAGGCCAGCGCUGCCGACAGGGAGAUCGUUGCCCACGCGGAGGACUCGGAGGACGUACUGAUGCCGUUGGUCCCCCUGGACGAUGUGCAGUUUGCCUUCUUCGAGGGCAGCUGCCUGCGCUUCAGCGACACGGCUCAGUACGUGAAGCUCCUGUAGCACCAAGGGAGGCGAUGUUCACCCCCCACAUGUGCGUGUUGCGAGGCGUCUGUAGUACAGCCCAGAUGCCUGCAACACUGCGGUCGGCGCAGCAAGGCGUGGGCCACGAUCUGGCGCACCGGAGCGCGUGGCCCGUGCGGGACAAACAUCAGGAGAGGAAAAAGAAACACAGACACUGA